UAGGAGAAAUAUCAAUGAACAUUAUCAGCGGUUCAGUUCUGUCUGCCCUCGGUUACAAAAACGAAAUAGUAUUUUGGAUUUUCAAUGCAUUGUUGGGACUUUUCUUGGCGCCAGUUUUCCCGUCAGGUGUUUCAUGGGCGAACCGCUACCUGGACAUGUCUGGCAUUGCUGUUGCGAUUGUGCUACUAGGGGCCUCUGGUGGAGGAUUUGUAUACCAGUGGAUCACAGGCGCCCUUUUCGAUGCCAUCGGCCCCAAUGCGUUGAUGUAUGUUAUGACUGGAGAUGGCCUUCUUUUGGCUCAAUCUUAUGUAACAUUGCAAAUAAUAGCAUCGAGACAGGGCGACCGCUUUACCAAAGAUUCUGACGCCAAAGAGAAACAUGUUGUAGGAGGCGUCAAAGAGACAUCAGUUUGAUGAAUUAUUUGAAUAAGCUUAUAUGGGGUAUUUCUUGCGUUUUAUAUCUCAAACAGUGUUUUUGAGCCAAGCAAUAGUAGAACAUCUUGCUGCAUUUAUUACUGCUUCUGUAUCUGGCAAGUGAGAUCAGUAAGUUUUUCUGUUUUCCAAUGUGAAGUAAGGGGCUUAUAUGAGAAAAGUAUUAUCCUACCUACAUGUACCUACAUUUAUUUCAGAAUCAGCUGCAAAAGAAUAUAAGACCGUACUUACCAAUUAGGCAGCUUUAUGAGGGUAUCGCUUAAUUAACCCAAAUUGACAAAAUGUAGUAGGCCCUAUAUACGGAGUAUAUGAUCCAUUUACAAAAAUAAACAAUAAAACAGCUAAUUUAUGUACUGUGAACGUUUGGGUUUAAUACACAAGAAAAUGAAAAUAUAUAUAUAUGAAUAAAAGCAAUUUAAUUAUCUCUUACAGUACCAUCUAGAAAAAAAUUCUGGUUUUUAUCUACAAUUUUACUGCCAUUAGUAGGCGUAGGGGCCUACCGCGCGGUAAAGGAAACUCAGGGAAAGUAUUGUAAACACAGGAUUAGAACUGCAUUACAAACAAAAUAAUAUUAAAAAUAAAGAAUAAAAACUUACAGGCCAUGGAUCGAGGUUUUAAUGAUGGAAUAAUGUGAAGUUGAGAUUGUUCUCCAGGGAAACGAAUCGAAAGCGCUUCGCCAAAAUCUAAAUCUGUUGAGUGUUUGGUGCAAAUACUUAGCCCCGAGCCUUUUACCUUUUUAUUGGAGAAUCACUUUGUUGUUUUGGAAAUCAUUUGUUUGGAACAGGUUUUGGACGAAUAAAACUAUUAAUUCGUCUAAGUUCUAAGCAGCAGUCGACAAUUUCAGCUCUUUAAUAUAAAGGAUCGUUUUUAAGCACUGAGGCAAAUUAGUUGUUUCAAAUAGGCCCAAGUUAGGCCUACUCUUCAGGUAAAACAAAAAGAAAAAAGCACCAAUUUUCAGAAAAAAGAAAGAAAAACGUCAGUUUGCCUAUGUCAAAAUCUGCUGCCUCAAGUCUGAGUGUUGUCACAGAAAUCCCCCGUAGUCAGUUUGCUAUUCAAAUUCGGUAACAGGCUAUCUUGGUCAAAGAUAGCUGCGCCACCUAUAGGAUCACUUUAAAAGCGGGAAGGUCGAAAGUGUUGUCUGACGCUAGAAAUGAGUGUAGUAAAACCUGCUUCCUCGUCGUUAGCAAGAGAUAAGGAGCUUAAUGCAAAAAAAAAUCCCUCCAUGACUCCAGCAGAGCAAAAUAUUGUGAGUCACUUGAAGCUGAUGUUUCCACAACUAUCAGCAUUAGCCAUAGAGACCAGUGUGCUGCACCCUUCUAAUAGACACGAGCCAUGUGAAGAAAGAAUUCUGCUUAAUCGUUGUAUAGAUGACCUCAUUGAAUUGAGAACAUUUAAAGAAACCACACAGACUGAUACUGAUUAUAUUGAUGUGGAUUCUGAUGAUGACAUAGAAGUAUUGAGGAAUGCAAGUCACAGUAAAACCCCAGCCCCAACGGACCAUGACCAUCCUAUUUUAAUAGACUCACAGGAAAUAGAAUGGGAUGAUGACCUCACAUAUGACGAUGUUCUAAUUAUUAAUGCACAAAGCAAAGCAGCAGCUGAUCCAGUAAACUCACCAGUGGAGAGAAAUGUGGAUGUUACUGAUGGAUCUGUUGGGACCAGUGUGAGAAAUGGAAAGUAUAAUGUAGUUGUAGAAAAGACAGUUGCUAAUCAAAACUUCGCAGCAGAGGCUGGUCACUCUGCCACAGAAAAGUCGCACAAUGCUACUACAACUUCUUGUAACUCUACAGUUACUUCCACAUCAAUUGGUGCUCAAGUUAGUGAUAAGCCUUUAAGUGGCACUUGUGAGAUCACUGUGAAAACAGUUUCUUCAGCCCCUAAUAACAUUCUUACUCCUGCAGUGCAGACAGUUCAGGAUACUCUAAGAAAAACUUCACCCAAGUCAACUAUCCAAGAUGAGCAAACUUUGGUACAUAGGCAAGCACAUGGCAUGGCCCAUACUUCUACACCCCAACCAGUCAAAUACCCUCUGAAAAGAAUGUCUCUGAAUCCGAAUGCUCAAAGUAAGCAGCUUCCAUCACAAAGUGUGACUCGUACUCCUGCAGCCCAACCAGCUAAGUAUCAUCUGAAAAAAAUGUCACCAAAUCCCACUGCCCAGAGAAAGAAACUCUCAACACAAGGUCAUCCACAAAAUAUGUUUCAUACACCCUCAGCCCAACCAGCUGAGGUUUCUAUGAAAAAUUUAUCGCCAAAUCUGACUCUUCAGAACAGGCAACUUCCAAUACAGCAUCAUGCACAAAAUAUGACUCAAAUCCCUGCAGUCUCUCUAGUUCAGAGUCCUUUGAGAAAAAUAUUGCCACAGUCAGCUAACCAAAACAAGCAGGUUCCGGCAAACAGUCUCUUGCAUAGUAACACUCCUUCAGGUAAAAUAGUUCCGGAUCCUGCAAAAAGAAUUGCUCCAAACACAGCUAACACAGAUCAGCAGAUCCUAGCUCAAAGAUGUGCAACGACACUACAAGAUUCACAUCUAAUUAAUCAAUUACAGUCACCUAAAAGGCAACCCAAGACACCUCAGGCUGCACCAGUCCAAGGACAAGAUUACUCAAAUGUAUUACUGUCUUUUCCCUCUACAUCAUCCCAGGCACUGCCAUUGCUCUAUUCUAUACCAAAGCCACAGGGCCUAGUUCAGCAAAUAGCUAUAACACCUGUGUCAUGUCAAGGAACUUCAUCAGCCAUUGGACCAGGGCCUUUUUUACCAGCAACCACAACUGCACAGCCCAGCACUUCGAGGCAAAAGUCUCCAGAUGAGGUCUUAAUGGAAAAAGUGACAGAAGUGGUAACAUUGAUCCCAGAUGUAGACCCGGCCCAUGUGAAGUCACUGCUGCAGUUCCAGUACUCUUCUCCAACUGCUGUCAAUGAUGUGGUAUUGAACCUGCUGGAAGCUGGAAGCUACCCAAAAGUUUGUCAGACUAGUGGUAAAACUGCUAUCUUGACAACAGAGAAGGAUGACGAGUGUGAGAUAGACUACUACAAAGAGUACAGUAAAAUCCCAGAUCAGGAAUAUACCAGACAGUCGUGUAUUCUGUUGCAAAAUGAAUUUAGGAGGAUCUCCGUGCGCGACAUUCGAGCAGUGUUAGCCUGGUUCAAAUGUCAUUAUGCCCCUGCCAGAAAGUGUAUUUAUGAUGGUCUGGCCAGUGUCUUAGGAAAUGGUGAAGACCAAGCAGAGAAGUUAGAUUUGUCUAUGGCAACUGUAAACAUAUCUACCAUUCCUACAAUACCUAUAAAGAUACAAAUUCCUGGUGGUCGUGAGAGCACAAUCAAUGCCAAAGUGCUGAAAACUCUUCGCCCCUUGCAGAAAUUCCCAAGUAGCAUGGAAAAAAACCUUGAGAAAGAAGUUCAGUUUGUGGUAAAAAAGGCCAAAAUUGAAAAAGAGGCCCAGGAUCACCUAUUUGCAAUGAAUCUAAAUGAGCAUCAGUAUGAAGAGACAGGUCAGCUUAUUGAGUGUGGCUGCUGCUAUGGAGAGUUCCCCUUUGAUUCCAUGGUGCAGUGUUAUGAGGGCCAUUUGUUUUGUAUGGAAUGUCUGCAAAGAUAUGCACAAGAAGCUGUGUAUGGUUCUGGAAAGGCAGAGUUGAAUUGCAUGACAAGUGACUGUGAUGCUACCUAUCCAAUGAGCCAGUUGCAGAAGUCCCUGCCCUCUACAGUCCUUGCCAAAUAUGAAGACAGAGUGAAAGAAGAAACUAUUAACUUGGCAAAUUUGGAAGAUCUUGUUCGUUGUCCUCAUUGUAACUUUGCUGCUCUGUUAGACCCUGCUGACAAAGUUUUCAAGUGCCAAGAUCCUAAGUGCAUGAAGGAAACGUGCAGGCACUGUAAAGAGGACUGGUCUGGACAUUUUGGUAUUCCAUGUAAUGAACUUGAAAAGAAGGAUGAAACAAAGCUCAGGCUGUCAUUUGAAGAGAAAAUGACUGAAGCCAAGAUUCGCUCGUGUCAUAGAUGUAAGACGGGUUUCACCAAGUCAGAUGGGUGCAAUAAGAUGACAUGCCGCUGUGGUGCCAAAAUGUGUUACAUAUGCAGAAAACCAGAUAUUGAUUACAACCAUUUUUGCCGUCAUCCACGUGACCCAGGGAAGGCAUGUACUAAGUGCUCUGAUUGCUCACUGUGGACCAAUCCUGAAGAAGAUGAUGAGCGGGCAGUCCAAGAAAUCAGAAGACUUGCUCAAGAAGAAAGGAAGAAAAUGGGAUUUGAGGAUGACAAACUCAUUGGAGUUCCAGAUGAGCCAGUUGCUAAGAAAGCCAGAAAACAUUAGCAGCCAAGUCAAGAAACUGUAGCAUUUGGCAAUGCAGACACUAAUUUGGAAAAACUUCUCUUUGGAAAACCUUCUGGACUUUCAACUGAAAUGACAACUGAAAUAACAUUGUUCAAAUUUUAGAAUAUGGAAAUAAUUAAGAAACAAGUGAUAUUUUAAGCAAUUGAUAUCGUAAACAUUGAAUAUUUUACUGUUAUAGAAGAAUGAUUUGUGCCAUGAAAAAUAUGCAAAAGUAAUAUGUUUUUUAAAUGUCUUUUUGUCUGGUCAGAAAUUCUCAUGCAUUUUUUAUUUUGUGUCAAGUAUCAAAAAGUCAGGUUGUUUAAAAGGCAACAAAAUAAAUAAUUAUAUUUAGUUCAUAAUACAAGCAGUGUAGUUAUUCAUCAGAAAUUGUAGAUUGUUAAUUGUAGGCAAUGUUAGCCUUGGGUAAUUAAACUUAUAUUUCUAGUCUUAAAAAAAAACAUUAAUAAUGUCUCUGGCUAUUGAUUUUUUUCAAGAAUUACUGUUGAAGAAGCACACAUAAAAAAUCAAUAUUCUUCAAAGACUUGAUAAGUAUUGUGAGGGGUUUCUUCCCAUCUUUGUACCAAAGUGAUCCAUCAAACUCGUAAGCCUGCUGACUGUUCCAAAUUUAAGUUCCUGAUAUUUUUUACUGCAAAUGUUCUAAAAUUUGGAAGAAAUUUAAGUUCCUAGUAUAUUUCUACUGCAAAUGUACUAAGUUUAUAUUCAUAUUUGAAUGAAAAUUUCUUGCCACCUUUCUGCAUUAUUCUUUACAUUUGCAUUGAAACUGA